CUCCAGCUGCAGCGCUUAAAAACAGCACAGGGGAGCAAAACGCAGGUGCCUCCGCCUCCUCCCCGAGGCUGCUUCGCCCCCAGGAAUGUGCCCUUUCCCUCCCAAGCUAAAUAAAUCUCCCCAGGGGAGACUGAGCUGAUCUCUGUGCAGGGGACAGGGACCCAAAGAUGAUCUUGCAAUGCAAAGGCUGCGCCACUUUGAAGAUCCCCUGUGGUCCUUUGCACAGGGGCAUUUCGAAGCUCUCUCUCCCCCAUUUGGGGAACGUGCCCCCCCCGCACCCUUAACUCUCCCUCCCCUCAAGCUCCCUGCGCUAAAAUACAACACCGGGAUGUGGGGGGGAGGUGGAGGAAUCCUCAGCGCGCCUCAUGGAGGAACCCAGCGCCAGAUGGACGCGAAAGGAGAUGUACGGAAAAGACUCGGCCUGCUGUGUUUCCUGGAAAGACAUUCUCAAAGCAGACUUGAUGUCUUCGCUGGAAAGAGAAGAACCAAUUCUCCCGGCCUCUGGGGAAGGAGAGAGAUUGGCAGACGAUGGGCGGAAUAAUGGAAAUUCUAGGGAGACCUCUAUGCUAUCGUCCGAAAUUCCUGCAGCUGAAGAAGGAAAAGAGAUGGUUGCAGAUGAAAGUGAACUUAAGAAGCACAGAGAAGAGAAAUCCUCACCUUCUCUGGAGGUUAAUGCCCAUGAACCCCAAAUCCUGCAGGAAGAUGGACAAGGAAACAGCCAGAAAAUAUGCCCCGUGUGUGGGAAGAUAUUUAGAUACGAAUCAAACUUAAAUAGGCAUUGCAGAAGCCACACGGGGGAGAAGCCAUUUAAGUGCACUGAGUGUGGAAAGAGCUUGAGCUCAAGUUGGAGCCUUCUUACACAUCUAAGAACCCACACAGGGGUGAAACCCUUUAAAUGUGUGGACUGUGGAAAGAGUUUCAGCGAGAGCAGUACCCUCCUUACACAUACGAGAACACACACUGGGGAGAAACCAUUUAAAUGCACGGAAUGUGGGAAAACCUUCAGUAGGAACACUCACCUUACUUCCCAUCAGAGAACUCACACGGGGGAGAAACCUUUUAAAUGCAUGGAGUGUGGAAAGAGCUAUACUGUUAGUAGUGGCCUUACUCAACAUCAAAGAACCCACACAGGAGAAAAACCAUUUAAAUGUACAGAGUGCGGAAAGGGCUUCAAGCAGCCCAGCCACCUUACUAUACAUUACAGAACACACACCGGGGAGAAGCCAUUGACAUGCCUGGAAUGCGGGAAGAGAUUCAGCCAGCUCAUUAACCUGACUUCACAUCAGAGAAUACACACAGGGGAUAAACCCUUUCAGUGCAUGGAAUGUGGGAAGAGCUUCACUGAUAGUAGCGGCCUUGCUCAACAUCAGAGAACUCACACAGGGGAGAAGCCAUUUAAAUGUACCGAGUGCGGGAAAAGCUUCCAACGUCCCAGCCGCCUUACUCUACAUUACAGAACCCACACCGGGGAGAAGCCAUUUAAAUGCAUGGAAUGUGGGAAGAGCUUCAGCCAGCCUGGUCACCUUACUCUACAUCAGACAACACACACACGGGAGAAACCAUUUGAGUGUACGAAAUGUGGGAAGCGCUUCAGGAAGAAUGGAAGCCUUGCUUUGCAUCACCAGACGCACACAGCAGGAACCAUUUAGUUGCAUGGAAAGUGCGAAAAACUACUGUAAGCUCAUUCAGCUUACCUUACAUGACAUUAGAGAACACACUGGGGAGAAACCAUUUGGAAAUGGGGAAUGUGGGAGAAAGUUUGUUUACAGGAAUAGACUAUGCCUACAAUCACACUGGAGAGGAACCCUUUAAAUGCUUCAGUGCGGAAAUAACUUUUGUGACAGCAUCAGUCUCAUUCCUUAAGGCCUUUUUUUUGCCCUUGGCAACAUUCAACGUUCCCCCGCCCAUCCCUCUUGCUGCCUUCCCAAAGCCAGGUAAACAAGGCGCUGGGCUUUGGGAAGGAGGCAUGAAGGCUCUGAGAGGGUCCUAAAGUCUUCCCACCUGUCAGGGUGCAGUCAGCAGCUCUUGGCCCAGGAAAGUAUAAAGACACGG